AUGAGCCGCCCCACCCCCAACGUGUUGAUCAAUAGAAAUCUCCGCCCCGCCGGCGCUUCGGGAAACGUCGGCGCUGGGGCAAGCAUAUCCUCAUCCCUCCUCUUCUCUCCAAAUUACCACCAUGAUAGCGACAACGCCUACUUUCCACCUCUCGCGAUCGCCCGGGCAGGCGGCAAGGGCGGGCAGAUCUUUGUGUACUCUGAGGACGGCACCACAACUUCCGGCUACUCUUCCUUCGCUGGGGGUGGCCGGCGGUGGGGCGAUGCUAUCGCCGGUGAGUCGACAGAGAACACGAGAGAAUCUCCGCCGUCCUACCUGCAUCAACACUUCUCUCAAUUCGCCGACACUACCACAUCCCAGUCCUACCGCCCGCCAUCCAAUAUGCCCAUCUCCCACAACCUGAUAACCCCUCCCUCAUCUUUCACCCAAUCAGUCGACAUUCCAGGAGCUCGCGGGCAACCGUCCGUUCGGCCCAUGUCUCUCCCCCUUACACCCCUCUCGUCUUCCGCUGCUCGAGUUGGGCAAGAAUCCCCAGAGCACUCUGGAUCCACGCCGGACUCGGGCAAAUUUGACAAUUCCAUCAUCACCUUGAUCACCUCCAUCUUUCCCCUCCACGCACAAACUGUAUCACUAUUAUCUCAUACGCUCGAGAUCCUCACGCCUCCUGUCCAUAAGCUGCAAGGCUUCAUUGUGGAUUACCCAUCGUCAUAUACUUCCGGUCGUACCGUCUUCAUCCAUAUGCCUCCCGGGCAUGGUACGGUCAACCAGCGCCCCGAAUCCCUAUCUCCCAACUUUUCCCAAGUCCUCCGUCCUCACGAUCCCCUCUUUUCCACCUCUCCCACUUCUGCUUCUCAUCUCGCCUCCUCUGCCUACGCGUUCGACAUUCGAGAAUCUCUCACUGCGCUUCUGGACCUCGCGGCCGAAGCGCUCGAGGGGAAUCAUCUGGUGUUGGUACUGGAGAGGAAUGAGGCGGAGCAAGAGGCUCUGGGAGAGAUGCUUCAUUCGUUAAUGUACGUUGGAGGGCAAGUCGUGAAGCCAGGUGGGCUAGAGGGAGGGUGGGAGUGGGAUGCGACCAAGUGGGUGCUGGUCGGUUUGGAGUUGUAG